AUGGUCGAUGAAAAAUUACCGACGUUAUUUUCACCUAGCGCCACGGUGUCUUUCGCCGCGCGCUCCACGUUGAGUCGUGCCACACUCUUUACAACAUUGCUGCCUUCCUUAGGAACAACCAAAGUAGAAUCCCCGCGGCCCCCGCCUUCUUCACGCCUUUACGCAAAACGUCAUAGCUCCGUCUACUCGCGCCACCCGCUUGAAACAAUUGUUACUGAUCAGUCAUCAUCAUCGUCCGCGUGGUGGGCGGCCAACACGGAGAAUAAGCGGUAUGCCUCCAUUGCCACCAUGAAGGUGCAGGCACUUGAAGAGAAGUUCAACGAGCAGCUGAAGUCAUAUAAUGCUUUCCAUCCCGUUGUCGUUGAUGGAGGUGCUUACAGCACGCAGGCUAUACAAAGGCGGUUUAACGGUGAGUCUGUUAGUGAUUCUCUGUCAAAACUCACUGAUUUCGCCGCGACCAGGUCUGUUAGAAGCACCUUCGACGAUAGUUUCGUCUCCACCAUGGAAAAGAUAUCUGGUGUACAGGGAAACUUCACUCCACGGACUGUGGAAAGGAAAAGAGCGGCAGUAAUAACACCUGAUGGCUUGGAACUGUCAAGUAGCUCCUUGUCCCUUCACAGCGACAAGUUCACCGCCGGUAUUGAACUUUGGCUGCGUGAGAAUAAAGCUUCAGAAGAAGAACUUAGGCAGAAACGGCUCUUCUACGAUUCUCAGCGCGCGAAGAGCGAGCAAAGGGAGCGUUCGCAGUAUCGUCAGAAGUGGCAAGCAAAACUCGAUGCACUGCACGACGAACGGUUAGAUGCGUUUGCGCAUUCCAAACACUCAAAUGUGCUAAGUAAGAGGGUGUCCAUCGUGGAAAACUUAACUGCAGCGACUGAGCAGCGGAUUCUUUGGAGCAAGUUCCUCUCCAGUGAGGCCAAUGCUGAAUCCGCCGGAAGCCCUCGUACGAAAUUUACGAGCACGUGGACUUCUAACAAAUCCGCUAGUAACAAUGAAUUGCACGAAUGGAUUGAAGGAAAGUGGCACAACAGUACGCACCGUCAUGAGGAAGCAGCACUCAAAAUUCAAUGUGCAUACAGAUGUUUUUGCGCAAAGGAAGAAGUAGCUAGAAGACGUUAUGCAAGGCGGAUGGUCUUCGCUGGGGUAUUGAGCCGUGAAAAAGAAGCGGAAGCAAAGUGGGAAAAUGCCCUGCGGAUGCGCGUGAGCUCGUACGAUACCGGUGGUAACACGAUGAACCGCUUGAAUCCUUCUAUUAAACUUUUGAAGGAAAAGUUACUUGCAGUUGUUGUAAGGCGGAGGAAUGCGAAAGCGCAAGAAGAAAGGUACCGGCGCGAAAUUGAGGAGUACGCUGCCACGUCCAUUCAGCGAGUUUAUCGAGGUUACCUGGGACGGUUUUGGGUGAAACUGAUGAGAAAUGGUGAUCCCGUGGAACAGCUUCGGUUAAUCCGAAUAGGGAGGGUGGUUGUGUGCUUGCAGGCCCGCUGGCGUGGAUGCCUUGCUCGCGCGGCGAUUGAGCGGCAGCGCGCUGCGGUCCUCGUUCUCCAGCGACUUGUGCGCUCAAGAGCGGCGUUUCUUGAUCUUUGUAGAAAGCGCCGUGAAAGGAGGAUGGAAGUGGAAUAUGGUAUUCACAAACACUACAUAAAGGUUAUUAUCCGCUUUCUCAAACGAUGUGUAAACGACCGCAAAGAGUACAUGAAGGAGCGUUGGGACCAGCUCUUCCUGAUUCAACGUAUAGGCCGAGGCCGCAUUGGCCGUGGUAUUGUGGAAAAGAGUUACAAACGUAGAUGCGCUGCCCAGCUUGUGGUGGCUCUGGCAAUUCAGCGACGUUACAGAGGUUGGCGCGGCCGUGUAAAGGCGCAGUACGAACGCGAGCAGCGUGCCGAGAAAUACUUGCAGCUAUGUCGUACUGAUGCUGUCCAAGUUAUUGAGAGGUCGUGGCGCUUUGCGCGCGGAUAUUACAUUGAAAAGAGCAGGAAGGCCAGAAAGGAGGCGGAGAGAAUAGCUCGCAUUCUGAGGCGGCAGCGGAGGGAGAAGUUGAACCUGCGGCGCAUGAGAAUAGCAGCAUUGAAGAUUCAGUAUUGGUACUUCAACGCCCGCUAUGUCCGGGAGGUGCGGAUGAAACGGAUUGAGCAACGUAGGGAAUUGGUCCGGAGCGAAAGUGCUGAGCGGAUUCUUCGCUUCUACCGUGAGUACAAAUUCAGAGCGAAUAGGCAGUCGCCGGUGGAAACGGCACCAGCCGCAGAAGAAGAGAAUUAA